AAUACACCGAAAAUCAUAAACUGUUCAAGUGUUUUACACAGUCAGUACAUGUAUAUGCCUGCUUAUUUUGUAAUUUUGUAAAAUAGCAUAUGGGAUACCUGCACAUUUUGGUGAUUUUUCUGAGUUAACUUGAGUACAGCAGGCAGUUCACGAUGGCAGAUAAUCAUGGAAAUGACAUUGAAAAUGAAGAUCAGAAUGAAACUGUACCACCAAUUAGGAUAGAUGAUGUUGAAGUUGAUACUGAUUACAAGGAUGAAGCAAAGAGACUUCGAAGACUGUUGAGGCUUAACUUCUAUUCGGCAUUCAAAUUUAAGGGAAACACAUGCAACUUCCAUUUGAUUUACUGUUUCGUCUUCUUGAUACAAAUCAUAAAAGUAGCUCUAUUUACAACCCAGAUUAUUAAGUUUGGGAAUGACCGAGGAAACUUUAGUUCAGUUGUCAACAGAGGCAAUCUUGUCCUUCGACAUCUUCUUUUAGAAAAUUGGGAUGCAAGCUGGGAAACGCUGCCAUAUCCUCCUUCACAAGGUGACUUUGCCGUGUAUACGAUAGAUGAUCUCGAGAAUGCUAUUAACUAUGCUGUUAAAAACUAUUAUAACGCAGAACAAGAAGCCAUUGGGUACUAUGUUCGAACAGCAGAAGACAAAAUGACAGCAACAACGAAAUAUUUUGACUUUCCCGGAAUAUAUGGUGCGAGUAUUGGAGAAAAAAUUACCAUCUCUGAGAUAACGUUUCCAAUUGACAAAGGACUGACCACAGAAGUAACGAAUGGAAAUGAGACAGUGUACAGUUAUAAUAUCACCCGUGAAUUUGAUUAUCACAAUCUGUCACAACCAAUUAAAAGGAUGUUGUCAACAACACUUCACUUUAAGCUCCAUUCUGUACGUUCACACGAGCGCAGUAGAAAAGCAACCUGUCUACGAGUAGAGGGCUGGGUAAAGUGUAUUUUCUCUUUUAAUUUCCUUUCCGCGUAGCGGAAAGAGGAUUAUAGGAAUGGCGUCCGUCUGUCCGUCCGUCUGUCUGUCCGUAACACUUUCGUGUCCGUUCCAUAACUUUUAAACCGCUGAAAUUUA